ACAUGCUACAACUACCAUGAAAAACAAAGGGUUGGGUGAAAGCUUCAUCAACAGCCAGACAUGGAGAGUUAGGGACCUGGGUUUGAAUAGACAGCUGCUGAUGAUUCAAUGUCUACGGGACUGAACCAGCAGGAUGGGCGAAAUCCUUCACAUAGCAAAGGCUGUAAGUGGGCGUGGCAUUUGAACCAGAGGACUUAGCAGAGGUGGGAGACCAUGGAACUGCGUUAGUGAAUAAGCACGAUAAAAGUGAACCAAUAUUGCUUCAGAAAGAAGGGAACAGAGGAACAGAGUUGCAACACACAUCGGAUGUGCGCCUGUAAUGUUCCAACUUUCAAGAAACUGGUGUCCAUGGGUGUUGAACAUUGGACCAGACUUGAUAUCUAAGCUCUGUGUAUUUUUGCUUGUAUUGUUUUGCUUCCGUUAUAUCGAUUCCCAAUGCGAGACGCACUUGACAUCAAAUACAUUAUGGUACGUUGCUCUGAGUUCUGACCACCGGUUCUCAUUUCCCGCCAUCUCCAUCGUUCCCUCCAUAAAUCCCCACGCGCCCUUUCUCUCUCCUCUUCCACUUCCCUCCCAGAAGGCCUCUGCAUCUCCGAACCCAUGGACGAGAACUUGGAGCAGAACAAGCUUCCAGAGCUCAAGCUAGACGCGAAGCAGACGCAGGGUUUUCUGUCAUUCUUCCGCUCGCUGCCUCAGGACCCCAACGCAGUGCGGUUCUUUGAUCGUCGGGAUUAUUAUACUGCUCAUGGUGACAAUGCAACAUUUGUGGCUAGGACAUACUAUCGGACUACUACUGUUCUACGGCAGAUUAGCAGUGGCCGUGAUGCUAUUUCAAGUGUAAGCGUCAGCAAAACCAUGUUUGAAAGGAUUGCUCGUGACAUUCUUCUGGAGAGAACUGAUCAUACCUUGGAGUUCUAUGAAGGCAGUGGGUCAAAUUGGAGGUUAUCCAAGAUGGGCACACCUGGAAAUCUUGGAAGUUUUGAAGAUGUAUUAUUUGCUAACAAUGACAUGGAUGAUUCUCCUGCAAUUGUUGCAUUGUCCCCUAUCUUUAGGGAAAGUGAGUGCAUAAUUGGUUUGGCAUACGUUGAUUUGACAAAAAGAACAAUGGGUAUUGCUGAAUUCCUUGACGACAGUCAAUUCACUAAUGUGGAGUCAGCUCUGGUGUCUCUUGGUUGUAAGGAAUGCUUAUUGCCAGCAGAGAUUUCUAAGACCGUGGAAGCAAGACAUCUGAAUGAUGCAUUGGGAAGGUGUAACUUGCUUGUAACUGAGAGGAAGAAAGCAGAGUUCAAAUCAAAAGAUUUAGUACCGGAUCUUGGUAGGCUUGUAAAAGAUUCUGUGGAACCUGCUAGAGAUUUGGUUGCCAAUUUAGUUUAUGCAUCUGGGGCUCUUGGUGCUUUAUUGUCUUACUUGGAGCUGCUUGCAGAUGAAAGCAAUUAUGGUAGCUAUACCAUUCAGCACUACAAAUUGGACAGUUACAUGAGAUUAGAUUCUGCAGCCAUGAGGGCCCUCAGUGUUCUAGAGUCCAAGAUGGAUGCAAACAAAAAUUUUAGCUUGUUUGGAUUGAUGAAUAGGACAUGUACUGCUGGCAUGGGGAAGAGAUUACUGAAUAGGUGGCUCAAGCAACCAUUAGUAGAUGUUAAGGAGAUCAAUUACCGACUGGAUAUGGUCCAGGCUUUUGUGGAGGAUGCUGCCCUUCGCCUAGAUUUGAGGCAACAUUUGAAAAGGAUUUCUGACAUUGAAAGGCUCAUGCACAGGCUUCAGAGAAGAAAAGCUAGUUUGCAACAAAUCGUAAAACUUUUCCAGUCCAGCUUGAGGCUUCCUUACAUCAAAGGUGCCAUUGAGAGAUAUGAAGGAGAGUUUUCCUCGCUAUUGAAAAGCAAGUACUUGGAUGCAUUGGAUUAUUGGACUGACGAUGAUCACUUGAACAAAUUUAUUGCUCUUGUCGAGGCUGCUGUAGAUCUUGAACAACUUGAGAAUGGUGAAUAUAUGAUUUCUGCUAGUUAUGAUUCAAAGUUGUUGGAUUUAAAAAAUCAAAUGGAUGCAGUAGAGAAGCAGAUCCAGAUCUUGCAUAAACAGACUGCAAAUGAACUUGACCUCCCUGUGGACAAAGGUUUAAAGCUGGACAAAAGCACACAGUUUGGCCAUGUGUUUAGGAUCACAAAGAAAGAGGAGCCUAAAGUUCGUAAAAAGCUGAAUGUGAGUUUCAUAGUCCUUGAAACUCGGAAGGAUGGUGUGAAAUUUACAAAUACAAAGCUUAAAAAGCUUGGAGACCAGUAUGGAAAGUUACUGGAGGAAUACACAAGUGUGCAGAAAGAGCUUGUUGCUCGUGUUGUUCAGACUGCAGCAACUUUUUCUGAGGUAUUUGAGUCCAUUGCAAAGAUUCUAUCUGAAAUGGAUGUCUUGCUUGCUUUUGCUGAUCUUGCAACCAGCUGUCCAACAUCAUAUGCAAGGCCAGAGAUCACACCAUCGGAUAGAGGAGAUAUUAUACUGAUGGGGAGCAGGCAUCCUUGUGUAGAGGCUCAAGAUGGUGUCAAUUUUAUACCUAAUGAUUGUCUUCUUAUAAGAGGUAAAAGCUGGUUUCAAAUCAUUACUGGUCCAAACAUGGGUGGGAAAUCUACAUUUAUUCGUCAGGUUGGUGUGAAUGUGCUAAUGGCACAAGUUGGAUGUUUUGUGCCUUGUGAUCAAGCAAGUAUCAGCAUCCGAGAUUGCAUUUUUGCUCGUGUUGGUGCUGGGGAUUGCCAGAUACGGGGAGUGUCCACCUUCAUGCAAGAAAUGUUGGAAACAGCAUCUAUUUUGAAAGGUGCAACUGGGAACUCACUUGUAAUAAUUGAUGAGCUUGGGCGUGGUACAUCAACAUAUGAUGGAUUUGGUUUGGCGUGGGCCAUCUGUGAGCAUCUUGUAGAGGUCACUAGAGCACCAACCUUGUUUGCUACACACUUUCAUGAGCUAACUGCGUUAGCUCAUCAGCAUGUCAAUAAUGAUGUUGAUCCUCAGACAAAGUCUACCAAUGGUGUGGCCAAUUAUCAUGUUAGUGCUCACAUUGAUCCAUCAAGUAGAAAACUGACUAUGCUUUACAAGGUUGAAGAAGGGGCUUGUGAUCAAAGUUUUGGAAUUCAUGUGGCUGAACUUGCGAAGUUUCCAGAAGAAGUUGUUUCCCUUGCCAAAGAAAAAGCUGCAGAGUUGGAAGAUUUUUCUCCUAUUUCUGUUCUGUCAGAAAGUGCAAAGGUGGGUGACAAACGCAAGCGAGUGCUUGAUCCUGAUGAUAUGGCCAAGGGUGCUGCUAUUGCACACAAGUUCUUGCAUGAGUUCUCUGAAAUGCCCUUGGACAAGAUGGAUCUGAAGCAAGCUCUAGAACAAGUUAGCAAGAUGAGAAGUGAUCUAGAGAGGGAUGCGGUAGAUAAUUCUUGGCUUCAACAGUUCUUCUAAAAUUCUGGUAUAUGAAGUAGGCCAAUUUUGUUAGUUCUCAGCCUUUGCACUUCCAAUUGUUAUGGCAUCGGCUGUUGUACAGUUUAUCUGACGUUUUGGCUUCUUUUCCCUGCUGAUAUAGCCGAGCAACCUCAUGUGCAUAUCCAGGUCAGAAUUUGUAAAACUUGUUUGCAAAUGUCCGUUGUUACUUUGUUUUUAUUUAAAUGUACGUAAAGUUCCACAGUUGUCCUCAAGUUA